GUUAGUAGCCAUGAGUUGUUGUUGCUGGCGAAAAAGAAAGCCUGGUGGCUCCCAUCACACUGGGAAAAAGCUUUCAACGGAUCCAUCGACUUGUUGUUGGUGGAAGUUGAGGAAGGCUGAUAGCUCCCAUGACACUGCAGUACUUGAAACUGAUCCCCUCAUUGAAACUCCAAAUAAGCCAUCAACAGAUCAAAGUCUCACAUGUUCAUCCACAAUAUCUUCGAAUUCUCAACAGCCACCACCAAAUUUGGAAGAGGUUUUGAGAAGUUUCAAAGACCUGGACAUUACAAGUCAGGCGGAUGCCUUCAUCCAUGCCAUUGAACAAUACCUCGAAGGAGCGACCGUUCAAAAGAAUGCACCGGAUACUCCAACCGCAAGUCCUUCUAAUACCGACAAGUUGACAAACUGGGAUUCCUUUCUUCAGAGCGGGUCCGAAUUUCUCAAAUUUGUCAGUGAUCAUACAGAAAAAAAUGACAAACAUGUGGGUAUUCUUUCCCAACUUUUCAGUAGCACUCACUAUGUAUUCGCUGUUAGUUUACAGGGUGACUCUUUUCUGUCAGGAGAAGCAACAAAAAUUGCAGGAAAAGUGCUUCAGAAAAUUGGGCACCUGCAUUGGGCAGUUGUUGGGCUUUCUAUUGUGGCAUAUCUAUGUUGGAAGACUUAA